GCUUCCAUAACAUACUAAUUCGCCACCCGCCUACCAUCCCAUCCAUCUGUCCGUAAACGGCGCGGACGAGGUGCUACUACUACACACCGAACUGGGUCAUGUCCAUAUGCCCAUGCUGUGAAAUCCAACAACCAGCUCAGUACUGCUCACAAUGUCUACGAGAAGGGGUGGCAACCCAUCAUCGUCUCAGUCACUCCUUACGUGCACAAUGCGCCUCGUCAAUUGUCACCUCGAGCCAGAUAUUGACUGAAGGGUCGAGAAGUUUGGACGUGUGGCGCCGUAUCCGUGCCGAGGUGGCUCUGGCAGAAAGGAGAGUCCGAAGACUCGUUCAGAAAAUUCAGAGUAUUGAGUCUGAGCUCGCAGGCGAUGUUCCCGAUCCAUUUCGAGUUCAGAGACGACACCAGAAGCCGACGAUGACAGACAGAGACGUCGAAGCUCGUCAUCAGGAGAUCAUCCAAAGGCAAAGUGACGUGGAUCAUCGACUUGUUCACGCAAGAAGAGUACUGGUCAAGGAAGCUGUCACAGUCUUCGGUCUGCAAGAUGGGGACAUCCCGUCCAUUGCUGGUCUACCGGUACCACUUCAUUAUGACCUCAGGAAACAACCCUCAUUUAUGAUGAAUGCUGCGAUCUCUCAUGUAAUUCAUCUCCUCCGCAUGCUCUCGAUAUACCUCUCCAUCGCGUUGCCGUUCCAGCCCGACUAUCCGAAGCAUUUCCACGUCGGCCGUCCGAUAAUCAGGGCCAAUCUACCGUUCCUACAAACGUCUAAAUAUCGAGAAGCUUAUCCCCUGUGGAUAUCGUCGACAGCCUGGAAGACUGACCUCAAGUCACGGGCGAAGCAUCGCAAUUUUCUGCAGACAUUUGGGCUCCUGGCGCACUCAGUCUCGUAUCUCGCUUGGAGCCAGGGCGUUCAGGGUAUUGGCAUCCCAGACGAUUCGAUCGACUCCGUCCAGAUCCCUGUCACAUCGCUCGUGAGACUUCUCAGAACGACAGCAGAUUCUCCCUCGCUGGGUCACAGGGCCCAUGAGCCUGGUACUGCGUUCCUACCGCAUCUUGGAUUCGGUCUCGACGUCUCUCGAGUCGUGGCAUGGACCUCAGUGACAGAAUCUGCGGAUGAUGGCGAGCAAACCGACGAAUGGGACGUGGUGGAAGCUUGACAUAUGCAUGGUAUUCACGGUA